UUCCUUUUCAAUAGCCUAUUUCCUCUUGUUUCUCUUCCCUCGAAUAACAACAAACUAAUAAAUAAAUAUUCAUCCUAGAUAACACCCUUCUCUUUCUUCCCUUUCUAUUACAAAAAAUCAGAGCACCCUUGGCAUAAUCAAACAUUCGAAAGUGAUCGAGUUUGAGUUGGUUGGAAGGGUGUUUCGGGGAUAAAGUUGGAACAAGAGAACCAAUAAUAAGUUUUGUACGUCCAUCACAAUAUUGAAUCAUUAUAUAUAUGUACACAGGAGGAGGAAGUGCAACAAAAUCAUUGAUGGACAAUCUUAUGGGUCUUUUGAGGAUCAAAAUAAAGAAAGGAGUUAACCUUGCUGUUCGUGAUGUACGUACAAGUGAUCCUUAUUGUGUUGUUAAGAUGGGUAAAAAACAGAAACUGAAGACACGAGUUAUAAAGAAGGAUAUUAAUCCUGAAUGGAAUGAAGAUUUGACCCUCUCUGUUUCUGAUCCCAGUCUUCCUGUUAAACUGACUGUAUACGAUCACGACACAUUUACCAUGGAUGACAAAAUGGGAGAUGCAGAGUUUGAUAUUAAAUCAUUUGUAGAGGCAUUGAAAAUGAAUUUACAUGGGCUACCAUCUGGCACUGUAAUUACAAGAGUACUUCCUUGCAGGACAAAUUGUCUUGCUGAAGAGAGUAGAGUUAUUUGGGAUGAUGGUAAAGUUGUUCAAGAUAUGAUUCUAAGGUUGAGAAAUGUUGAAUGUGGUGAAGUUGAACUACAGCUUCAAUGGAUUGAUCUUCCUGGUACUAAGGUUGGUGUAGAAAAUUAAUCAGGAUGGUUUUUAUGUUCCUACAACUUACAAUAAUGGUUUGUGGGAUUUGAAAAUGAUGUUUGAUAUAUAUAAUAUUAGAUCAAGUUUGAUGAAGCCCUUUUCACUUUGCAUUUGUAUGUGUUAAAAGGUUUGUAGCUUAGUAGAUAUGGGGUUUGAAACUUAUCUUUUUAGUCAUGUAAUUCAAUGGAAUUACUUAUGUUAUAUAGUAUGUAAUAAUGAUGA